UCACUGGCAUCACUCACCUGCCGAGCAGCAUCAGCUCAGGACCUUCAGUUCGGUUACACAUCGCAAUAUCCAAAAGCACGAAAAAAUGGAUUCUUGGCUCACAAUAAUGCUGAUGUGUGGACUUCUAAUAGCAUCUCUUCAAGGAACCGACGGAUUCAGACUUCGACGUUCUAAACAAGACAAGAACGAAAUGCUGGAAACAAAUAUCAACCAACUGAUAAAGCAUUAUAACACAGGUGGUGGCGAAUGGGUUGAGAAAGCAGUUUUUGCUCGCCAUCUGGGCCGGCUGAAUGAUUUGAAGUCAAGUUCAUGCACCUGUCAGUCGCUGAUGCUCAAAAAAAUGUUGAACGUCUAUGAAGAUAUCUUCACGGAUAUGCUCAACAAGUUGGAGAAGAAAGAACUGAAAGCCAGCGUCAAGGAUAUCAUGACUGAGGUUAAACAGCUGAGAGAUAAAUACAGUGAGGAACAAAAGCUUUUGGGAGACCUUCAUGACCUUCACCAUGUCAAGGUGAAAAACAGCACAGUCCAACAAGCGUCUUUGAAUGAAUUUCUCAUGACGUAUUAUCGAGCCUAUGGAGAAAAACCUCACGACAGAGGGCAUUGAGAAGAUCGCAAUCCAAUCAAAGUCCUGUCUGACCUUGUACUGUAGCAUACCAGUGCCUUGCUAUUGUAUUAUUUAUUUAUAAGUUAUAUGGAAAUAAUAAUUUAUUUUUGUUUUAUGGUGCAAUCUACUACAACACAACACAACACAACAGAAACUAUAACUUAAAAACUAACUUAUUUUCACAGAGUCACAAGUGUGUUUACAUCAUUUACAGUGUACAGAACCGGUGAAUGUUGAUUUAAACUAUAUUAAGAUUUGCUUUAAAUAUUUUGUGAGUUUUUUCUCUGUAUGGUUUAUUGAAAUAAAAUAAUAUUG